GGGGUAGCGAUGGAAGGAGGGGAGAGGAAGAGGAGGGGAUGCAGAUGCUGCUACUACUGCUGGGCUCCUGUGUGCCACCAAAUCCGGGAGAGGGGAGAAGAGAUUGCCGGGGGGGCGCUGAUGGACACUAUGCCGGGGAUGAAGCCUGCAUCCAUGAGGACUGGUACCCUGCUACUGAUCGCAGUGUACACCAUCCUGUCCAAGGUGCACUCUGACCGCAAUGUCUAUCCUUCCUCCGGGGUUCUGUUCGUCCACGUUCUGGAGAGAGAGUACUACAAAGGGGAAUUCCCUCCUUACCCAAAGCCAGGGGAGCUAAGCAACGAUGCAAUUACCUUUAACACAAAUUUAAUGGGCUAUCCCGACCGACCGGGUUGGCUGCGUUACAUUCAGCGGACACCUUUCAGUGAUGGCGUACUGUAUGGAUCUCCAACCUUUGAGAGCGUGGGAAAGCCGACCAUUAUUGAGAUAACUGCAUAUAACAGAAGAUCAUUCGAGACGGCCAGACACAAUCUGGUCAUCAACAUCAUGUUUUCAGAAGAUUUCCCCCUCCCAUACCAAGCCGAGUUCUUUAUCAGGAACAUGAACGUGGAGGAGAUGCUGGCCAGUGAGGUUCUAGGGGAUUUCCUCGGAGCCGUGAAAAACGUUUGGCAGCCGGAUCGCCUGAAUGCAAUAAACAUCACCUCUGCGCUGGACCGGGGGGGCCGGGUGCCUCUGCCCAUCAAUGACAUGAAGGAGGGGGUCUACGUCAUGGUGGGAGCCGAUGUCCCCUUCUCUUCAUGUCUUCGUGAGGUGGAGAACCCCCAGAACCAGCUGAGGUGCAGCCAAGAGAUGGAGCCGGUCAUCAGCUGUGAUAAAAAGUUCCGAGCUCAGUUCCACAUAGACUGGUGCAAGAUUUCACUGGUUGAUAAAACAAAACAAGUGUUGAUCACGCAGGAAGUUGUGCGCGGAGAAGGGAUCCUGCCAGACGUCGGGGAGUAUAAACCGCCAUCAGAGACCCUGAAGGCCCGAGAUUAUUAUAUAGACUUCUUCAUAACCCUGGCUGUGCCCUCCGCCGUGGCUCUGGUGCUGUUUGCCAUACUCGGCUACAUCAUGUGCUGCCGGAGAGAAGGAAUGGAAAAGAGAAACAUGCAAACACCAGACAUUCAGCUCGUUCACCACAGUGCCAUCCAGAAAUCAACCAAAGAACUCCGCGACAUGUCCAAGAACCGGGAGAUUGCCUGGCCUUUGUCCACGCUUCCAGUUUUCCACCCGGUUACUGGCGAAAUGGUGCCGCCCCUUCACACUGACACCUAUGACAACACCAGCAUGCCACUGAUGCAGACACAGCAGACGAUGCCACAUCAGACAGCGAUACCUCAGCAACACAAUGCAGGAGAAUUCCGCAUGGCAACAUUUCAGAGGUUUGAAGUCAAUGGUAUACCUGAAGAGAGGAAACUGACAGAAGCCAUGAAUUUAUAACCAACACACAAAGACAAGAACCUUUCUA